AUGGCAACAAGAAGUGCUCCACCACCUCCAGCUCCAAAACCAGGAAGAGUCAAGGUUUAUCGUGCUCUUUAUGAUUUUCAAGCGAGAUUUGUAAGUAAUUCGAAUAAAUGAAUACAUAAAACUUUUAUUGUUUUUUUUUCAGGAUCAGGAAUUAUCAUUUUCGGAAGGUGAUUUGUUAUAUGUAAGUGAUCAAGCACCAAAUAAAGAUUGGCAUACAGCAAGUAUUGGAGGAAAGAAAGGAUUAGUUCCAGCUAAUUAUGGUAAAUUAAAUUCUGAAAAACGGAAAAUUUGAAUCUGAAUAUUUUAGUUGUAAGUGAAAAUGUUGAAGAACUUCCGAAUCCUUUACAUGAAGCAGCCCGACGUGGAAAUAUGGAAAUGUUGAAAGAAUGUAUUCGAGAACAAGUUUCAGUUAAUAGUUUGGAUAAAUCAGGAAGUACACCAAUAUAUUGGGCAGCUCAUGGUGGACACAUUGAAGCUGUUAAACAUUUAUUAACUGUUCCGAAUUGCUCAAUUGUAUCACAGGUUUGGAAUUCAAUUUUGAAAAAUAAUAAAAUAUUGGUAUUUUUCAGAAUAAACUUGGAGAUACACCUUUGCAUGCUGCAUCUUAUAAAGGACAUUCAGAGUGUGUCAAAAUGUUAUUAGAUGCAUCAGCUAGUCCAUUCAUUAAAAAUAAUGACAAUAAAUUGCCAAUUGAUGUAGCUAAGGUAAUUUUGAGAAAUCCGUUGCUAUUUUGUAGCUAAACGGAUAUUUUGGAGGUGCAAUUUUCAUCUUCCGUUUUUUCUCAAACGUGUUUUUUCAAUUCCAGGAUGCUGAUGUUGCUGCUCUUCUCGAUCAAGCAAUGAAAACUAACAGAAUAAAUGAAGCGGAAUAUGCUGAUUAUCAAUCAGACUCCGAUGCCGAUUGA